AUGUUGGAUUUCGGUUUGGCGCGGAAAUUUGUGGAUGAAAAUGGAGUAAUGAGAAAGAGACGAGAAGCUAAAAUUGGGUUUAGAGGGACGCCUUUUUAUGCGCCAUUAGUCGCUCACGAGAAACGAGACACGGCACCGAAAGACGAUUGCGAGAGUUGGUUCUACCUUCUCUUGGAUUUGAUUUCGCCAAAAGGGUUGCCGUGGGAAGAAUUAAAGGAAAUGGAUGAUAUUUUCGAGUGCAAAAAGAGGUGUCGACAAGAAAAAGCAAAGACGAUGUUGGACGGUUUGCCGAACACGACCGAAUUAUAUAAAAUUAUCGAAUAUAUCGAUUCGCGCAAAUUCGAAGAUAAAGUUGAUUACAAAUUCAUUUUCGAUUAG